AUGUCUUCUCCACUUUCCGCCGAUGACGGAGAUAUCUUCGAGCGUCUACAACAACGUACCGACCCAAAAGUGCAGGAAGAGCAGCAGAAAGCUGUCAAUGAACGGGUCAGAGCGAUCUAUGAGAAGGCACAAAAUCGCCUCGGUGAAUUGAUCGACCAAAAUUCCACUCUACCAUGUGUCAUCUCUUCAGUGCAGGUUCAUGGUGCUCGCCAUACCCGCAGAAGCUUUCUGGAGCAGAUAUUCAACCCUCUGCUUAGCAGCAAUCAUACUAGGCCCUAUACGCUCUCGGAAGCCUUGCAGGAAGUAUCGGCACGUGCGGACAAGCUUGGCAGGUUUGAUGUAUUUCAACAGCCGAUCUCGGUAUAUCUCGAUCAGUCAUCACCGGCUGACCCGCAAACUGGUCUCCCGACCAUUGAUGUCCUGCUGUCGGUCAAGGAGAAGUCUCGCGUCUUGCUCAAGACGGGUACUGAUCUUGGAAACGCUGAAGGAUCUGCUUAUGGUAACCUUCUCUGGCGUAAUGUGUUUGGAGGCGCAGAGAACCUGAACUUGAAUGCUUCACUGGGCACCAGGACAAGAUCCGCAUACCAGGCCACCUUCGACACCCCACUUUUCAGCGACCCCGAUUUCCGCUUGGAGCUUGGUGGAAUUGCCAGUGCCACACAAAAGUCUUGGGCAUGCCACGAGGAGGUGCUGAAAGGCGGAUGGAGCAAACUUCGCUGGAUGAGCUCGUCCGGACACCACCAUGAAUUUGGAUACAACGGUUUCUGGAGACAAAUGACUGGCCUUUCGGAAAAUGCAUCCUCUACUGUUCGUGCCGACGCCGGAGACAGCGUGAAGAGCAGCGUCUUCCACAGCUGGACUAACGACCGGAGGGAUAAUGCGCUCCUUCCGUCGCGGGGCUACUAUGCCAAGGUCUUCAAUGAGGUGGCCGGCUGGGGUCCGCUCAAGGGUGAUGUCUCUUUCUGGAAGUCGGAGAUCGAAACACAAGCUGCAGUCCCCGUUCCCAUCCCUGGUCUCAAGGGCGACAGUGGCGUCAGUUUCACAACUGGAUUCCGUGCGGGACUUUUGUACCCACUCAGGCUUGAUUCGGAUUCUCGACCACAAUUAUCUCGCGUUAACGACCGUUUCCUGCUGGGAGGCCCCACAGAUGUGCGUGGGUUUCGUCUUUGCGGCCUCGGACCUCAUGAUGGAGCGGAUGCGGUUGGAGGGGACGUGUAUGCUGCGGGAAGUGCCAAUUUGCUGCUUCCACUCCCGAGAGUGGGUGCCGACAAGCCUUUCCGUCUACAAGCAUUUGUGAACGGUGGUCGUCUUCUGCCACUUCGCACGGCUGACAAGAAUGUCCCCACUUCCAGUGGUGAGGUGAAAAAUGCCAUGGUAUCGACCAUCUCCGAGCUGGCAAAUGGUUUGCCCAGCGUUGCGGCGGGUGUCGGACUGGUUUAUGCUCAUCCAGUUGCCAGAUUUGAGUUGAACUUCUCCCUGCCACUGGUGUUGCGUAAAGGUGAAGAAGGCCGCAAGGGCCUUCAAAUGGGAAUCGGCAUUAACUUCCUCUAUUACCCGCAGCAACAGCCUUACGGAGCGCAGGCCUCUGCGCAGAACCUUCAAUUCUACCCAACAUCCUACCAGUCUGUGUCCGGUCAUACAACCCCUUCUCAAGCUUCCUACGGAGGCUUUGGAGGUCCCUCUAAUCCGUCCGCCCAAGCUUAUCCCGUCGGAGGGGUGGGAAGCGGAUAUGGCGGCUUCGGCUCUCCGUCUGCAGGAGUGAGCGGCAGGAUGGGUGAACAGGGCGGUUUACGGACGGGGUGGCUUGCUGCGUUUGGAACAGAAGGGUACGAUGGGGAGCCGCCGCUUUUGGAGGAGCUGGGAGUCAAUUUUGAACACAUUCGCACGAAGACCUUGACCGUCUUGAAUCCCUUUGCUCGCAUUGAUCAGCACCUGAUGGACGACAGCGACCUCUACGGCGCGCUGCUUUAUAUCGUACUCUACGGCACAUUCCUCCUGCUGUCCGGCAAGGUCUUUUAUGGGUAUAUCUACGGCGUCGCGGUAUUCGGCACCAUUGCCCUGCACCUGAUUCUCAGCUUGAUGUCGCCCGCGCUCGACGCGGUUCCCGUGGCCAACGCCGCCGAUCCCACCAACUACUCCCCGCACCACAAACCCACCAUGUCGGACGCCUCGGCCGCCGGCCAUUUCUCUGCAACCCUGACCUUCCCCCGCUCCGCCAGCGUACUUGGCUAUUGCUUCUUGCCUUUGGUGCUGACGAGCUUGGUCGGGAUCCUCAUCCCCAUGGAUACCAUGUUCGGCUAUCUCCUGACCACCGCCGCCGUUGGCUGGUGCACCUACAGCUCCUCGGGCAUGUUCUGCGCCGUCGCCCGUAUGCGCGGCAUGAGAGGCCUGGUGGCGUAUCCGCUGGCACUUUUCUAUGUGGUCUUCGGUAUCAUGGGAAUCUUCUCCUCCCGAGGAAGUGGUACCCUGGCUGCCAAGACGGGCGCUGCCUGA